AUGUUAUGGUUGGCUGUGGAGCCCACGGCUUUUUUGUCCGCCUUGUCUGACCUCCACCACUUGAGCUUCUCGACUCCAAUUCAAACGGCCUUUGAAAACAACACGUUUUGCAGCUUGGAUUCUAGUGGCCUUUGCAUGGACCUACCUGUAAUCCGACCAGGAGAAAGCCCUGUGCUACAGCCUCUUUGGCAAUUCGCGCACGCCCAAGCUAUCGCGCUGAUCGUUGUUGCUACCUCCAACUGCAACGUCAACAACGUCGCAAACGUGCACAGCGCUGCAGGAGUCAACAACUCAUCCCAUGAGCUCUGGUUCGGCUCUUCCCAUUUAUAUCGCUCCUCCUCUCCACAACAAUCCGGCCCCGACACCUCAACCCACCACCCAAACCGCCGCAGCAAUGCCCCAAACCCAACCAGCCACCGCGCCUUCCUCCCCUCGCGCGCCCCAAACAACACCCUCGCCUCGUUACAAUCCGAGGAGCGCGCUUUACGCGCGCGCAAGAACAACAUCGCCUCCUUCGGUUACUCCUGGAUCCGGCCCGCCGGAUGUGUCAGGACCAUGCUAGGCAUGAAAGAGGAGGAGGCCGAGCGUGAGGAGGCGCUUGCAGCGCUGGCUGCGGAACAGGAGGCUGCUGCUGCGGGGGGUCUUGAUCCGGAUGAUGGGGGCAUGACCAUGGGUGAGGAGGGCGAGGAGGAAGAAGGUAUGGAGCGUGAUUUGGACGAUGAUAUUCUGGAGGCGGAGGAGGGGCUUGUGGAAGAGGGCGAGGAAGGACUUGAGGAGGAUGGAUUGGGUGAUGAGGAGGGGUAUAUGGAGCGGGACUUGGAUGAUGAUAUUCCCGAGGGAUAUCCGGAUGAUGACUACGGGGAUACGUCGGGGUUGUACGAGGAGGAGGUUGAUGAGGACUUUGAUAACCAGCCUGAUCUGGACGCGGAUAUCCCUGAGGCUAUGGGGAGUGAAGAUCUCAGUCGGGACUUGGAUGAUGAUAUCCCCGAUGCGGCGGAGGAUGGGUCUGAGCAGGAAGGUGAAUGGCAGCAUACUGAUACUGAGGAUGAGCUUGAUGUCGACGAGGAGGAGGAAGACCACGACCACGGGAGUAUCAGACGCCCGCGCAUGGAGAAUUUCCGCACUAGCACACCGAAUAGUCGGGGACUGCCGCCUCCGCCGUUUAUGCAACGUGAUGUCCACGGUGAGACUGAGGCUCAGCGGCGGUUUAUUAAUCGUUGGAGUGGUGGGGGUGAUGCCUUUGACUCGAGCAGUAUGAUGUUUGAAGAGGAUGAUCUGCGCGCUUCGAUUACGAGUCAGAGUAGUCGGCGCAGUGGACUUGGUCGACAUUAUCCUCGUCGUGUGGGUGGUCCACGCGAUAGCCUCAAUUGA